AUGGACCGAAUUUUUCGCACGCUGCUCAAAGCACAGCAAGCAGCCAUUGCAAAGAUUUUCGAUCUUCGGCCCGGAGCCGAAUUUUUCGCCGCCAUUGAGGUGGCAGAGCAGAGGAAUCUUCCACUGGUUUGCGGGGAUCGCGACGUCGACGAGACGAUGCACGACCUGAAGGAGGCAUUUCUGAAAGACUGGUGGUCGCUCCUCACCUCCUCGUCCCAAGUGUCAAUGCCCCAGAUCAUGCAUGCAGAUGGCAUCGAGCAGCUUCGUGAUCGUGAGAUGAUCGCUCGCCUGCGCGAAGAGUUGAAAGAUCGCGGCCCCAACGUCCUCAGAGUCAUGCUGCACGAGCGUGACGAGCUUAUGGCCAAGCAUCUCCUUACUUGCGGAGGAAAGCGGGUUCUCGCUGUUGUGGGUGCAGCUCACCUCGAUGGCUUGGAGACGCACUGGCUCGAACAGGAAAAGCAGAUACCUUGCUGA